AAAACUCCCAAGGAAGAAGAAGAACAAGAUAACGGCAUGAAAUAAGGAAGAAGGGAGCAAGAAGAAGAAGACGAAGCGGAUUUAGCAGUGUAAACCGAACUGUUCGAAACGGAUUGUUGACCUUAACUGGAAUCUACUGAUGCCUGAGGUACGGGAUUUGUCAGAUGCCCUACCUGAGAUGCUUAUGGACCCCAUCACUGGUGUAGGUGUUGUUGCCUCGAAAAACAGAGCACCCACUGGCUAUGAUGUGGUUGCAUAUACCACAGAUGGAAUGGAUGCUGACUUAUGGAAAGAUGGGCUGUUCAAAUCCAAAGUGACACGCUACCUUUGCUUCACUAGGGUCUUCUCCAAGGAAAAUAGUCAUUUAGGAAAUGUGCUGGUGGAUAUGAAGCUGAUUGACAUUAAAGACACGCUGCCUGUCGGCUUUAUCCCAAUUCAGGAGACAGUGGACACACAGGAGCCAGCAUUCAGGAAACGGAGGCUGUGUAUUAAGUUUAUUCCAAGGGACUCCACGGAAGCAGCAAUUUGCGACAUCCGCAUCCUGGGACGCUCUAAACAAGCCCCACCACAGUAUACAUUCAUAGGUGAGCUGAACAACAUGGGGAUCUGGUACCGAAUGGGGAAGGUGCCUAGAACUCAAGACUGCUCUCCCACACAAAACAACGCUUCCGGCACUGCUACCACCACCAGUGUACAAACAGUCACCAACUCUACUUCAGUUCCUGUCCUGCCCAAACACAUAUCCAUGACCCUACCUGCCAGUUUUAGGAGGAGUACCACUCGACCUGACUACGAACACCAAAGCUCCAACCUAUAUGCCAUCUCGGCUAUGGAUGGAGUACCCUUUGUGAUCUCUGAGAAGUUUGCAUGUGCAUCCAGUGAUCUACAACAGGUUGACUUGAUGGGCAUAAGGAUAAAAUCCCUUGCAGAGAUUGAAAAAGAGUAUGAGUAUAGCUUUCGUACCGAGCACAGUGCAGCUGCCCGCCUGCCCCCCAGUCCUACCAGGACUUCACUAGGUUCUGAGGCUUAAACACAUGGACAAAAGGAAUGCCAUGAGCUCAAAAGAGUGGCAGGCCCGGAGUGGAAAUGAAGUGAUGGAUUUUGACCUCUUUUGACCUUGAGACUUCCUCAGCAUUAUCCCUACAGUAUUUACUUUAAUUUCUUUGUUAGUGGAAAUUGUGACUACAUUUGUCCAGCAUUUCUUGGUGACAGAGGAAUAACAAGUGCAUAAUCUUUCAAAUACCAUGAACUAACCAAAACCACUACUGAAAUACAAAGGGAUAACUAAAGAAGGAACUUUUCUGUACUAGCUACAAAUCACUACUAUACAUAAUGCAUCGUUAUCUGUACAGUUAAAUGUCUUAUCCUCAUGCAGAGUUAACUUUUGUGUUAAAAGGUUUAGCAUGGAAACUAUCAAAUAAGAUCUUUUGAGUUAAGGUUCAAAAAUGCUGAAAAAACGAACUAAAUAAAAUAGGAGGAGUUAUUGUUUUGUUUUGUUUUGUUUUGUUUUGUUUUGUUUUGUUUUGUUUUGUUUUGUUUUGUUAUGUUUUGUUUGUUUUUGUUUUGUGGUUGCGAGACCGACUGCCUGAUUAGAACAGUUCAUCUUUUCUCAGUUCAUGUAUAAUCAGAGCUCUGUGUUUGCCAUUGGAAACAUAGCCCAAUAUACUGUACAAUAAAUGCACUUCUGUGA